CAAGAGAACUUGGUAAGCUCUCUCCAUGGCUGUCUUAUUCCUCCUCCUUCUGUUCCUCUGUGGGCUUCCCCAGGCUGAAGCAGACAGCAUCCAGGCCAUCUAUGUGGUCUUGGGGGAGGCACUGGAGCUGCCAUGUCCCUCACCACCCGCCCUGCAUGGAGACGAAUUCCUGUCCUGGUUUUGCAGCCCAGCAGCAGGCUCCUCCACUGCUUUAGUGGCCCACGUCCAAGUGGCCAGGCCCUCCCCAGGCCCUGGGAAGCCCAGAAGGGAAUCCAGGCUCAAACUGCUGGGAAACUACUCUUUGUGGCUGGAGGGGUCCAAGGCAGGAGACGCCGGGCGGUACUGGUGCGCCGUGCUGGGUCAGCGCUACAGGUACCAGAACUGGAGGGUGUAUGACGUCUCCGUGCUCAGAGGAUCCCAGUUCUCUGCGAGGGCUGCAGAUGGAUCUUCCUGCUCUGUCCUCCUGUGCUCUGUGAUCCCUGCCAGGAGUCUGGAGUCUGUGACCUGGCAGGAGGGGAACGGUCCUGCGAAGAGGGAUGUGCAGUCUUUCUGGGGUGAUGGGGCUACCCUGCUCUUGGUGUGUCCUGGAGAGGGGCUUCCUGAGCCCAGGGCACGUAAACCAGGAAUCAUCCGCUGCCUCGCGCCUCAGAACAAAGGGAUCAGCUUUAGCCUGGCAGCCUCCACGGAUGCCUCCCCUGCCCUCUGUGUCCCUUCUGCAGACUGGGAUGUGGCCUGGAUCCUGACGCUGUUGCUCACAGUGGGCCAGGGGUUCACAAUCGUGGUCCUCGGCGUCAUGCUCUGGAGGCAGAGGGCCCAGGGGGCUCAACACAGAAAUGCCUCGUUUCCUCAGUUCAAACCCGAGAUCCAGGUCUAUGAGAACAUCCAUUUGGCCCAUCUCAGCCCACCUGCCCUAAAACCAGGUGACCUCGAGGACAUCUGCUAGGAAGUGUGACCUGCUGACUCCCUGGCCAUCUGGCACCCGAAGGAUUCCUGAAAACCUUGGCAAGGGGGCAGGGGCUGGGAGUGCUAGUUCACUGUCCAGUUGGUCUCCAGCCAAGCUCUGUGUGUCUGUGUGUGUGUGUGUUAAGGGGCUGGGGGCUGAAGGAAAGAAGAAGCAUUAUUCCAUGAUGUCACCUAUGAAAGGGUGUGGUUUCCUGUCUCACAGUAGCCAGUGGAGGGGUGGCCCUGAGGCUGCAGUACCAUAGAGUU